AUGGCCUGCGCCAUCUUUGCCACCCUUUCCGGCCUCAUCAGCCUCGGGUUCAUCAGCUUUGCCGUUUAUCUUCAAGCUGUACCCUGCCCUCUGGACACAUGCUUUCUCAUCGAGGGCGAGGAUACCUUCACCUUCACACACUACGGUGGGGAAUUAGGCAGGGGGGGUAUAGUCUGGUAUGCGCCGGCUGGUAUGACCCCGUCAGAUUUUGCGGAGCAGCUGAGCUUCCAAAAUCUAACUGAUGAGCUUCAGAUGGGUGAAAGCUGCGGGUUUGUUCACGAGCCCGGCAGGCAGCGAUUUGGAUUGGCUCGCGUAGGGUUCUUCGCGUGUGCCUGUGACGACGGUACCUGGCGAACCUGUGACAGUGCCCGACUUCAUGGAUCUGGGAAUUACAUCCCGCCCCAUCGUUUCGUCAGCGGCGUCCAGGUUUGGAUCUGGGAUGAGGAAAAAGAGUAUAUCACGCACCAUGUUGACGGACUCUUGUCCUUCUUGACGGGAGCAUUGGUGGUGGGUGGGGUGAUCUUCUUCUUGCUGGGAGCAUGUUGCCUCUGCGCAGCCUGUUGGAGCUGUGCUGCCGAGCGGCGCAAAUCGGAGAUCCCAGAGCCUGUUGCUGUGGGGUCGUCAGAUGCGGCCAGCUAG